UACACACGUCGUUUCAAAAGUGAUAAUAUUUCGUGAACCAAUUUGAAUAGAUAACUGGAUACAGAUGUACAUAUACAUAUAUAUAAUUUUAUUUCGAAAAGUAACCUAAUUAUUGUAAACACCUUUUUGAAAAGUUAUGAUAAGAAUUGAAGGCAAUGUAAACUUAUGAAUUAGAGAUAACUGAUAACAUAUCGGCAUUUGAAAAUAAAUAAUUAUUAGUAGAAUGUUGUCAAAUUUUGAAUAUAAUACUAUUUUUUUAAUAAAAUAGUCCCACUUAUUAACUAUUUAAUUUAAACUAAAAAUUAUUAUGGAAGAUCUACUUGUACAAUUAUCUAAAGAUGCAGCAAAUUCUAAGUUUAGUAGUCUUAGUCAAUCAGCAACUGAAGCAUAUGUCUUUUUAGAAAAACAGCAAGGAACAUUGCGUGAUCCAGCCCAUGAAUUAAGAGCAAAAUGCUUAAUUGUUUUUAAACAAGCAUUUGAAACGAAAAAAAGUAAAUUGGUAUCACAUGCUCUAUCUGGACUCAAUAAAAUGAUACGAGAUGAUAGAUUUCAAUCUAAUUUUGAACCUGAAGAUGAUUCCUUAUGGUUGCCAUCUCAAAUUUUACAUGCUAUUAACUCCAUUUUAUCACAAUCAGAAGACAUACAAAUAGAUAUGUUAAAAGUAUUAUUAAAUGUUGCUUGUUCAUCUUAUUGGACUAUGAAUGGGCGCAUUAUUAUACAGAUACUUACAAUCUCAUGUGAAGUAUAUGAAAAUGGAAGUCAAGGAAUUCAAUCUGCUGCUCAAGCUGCAGUUAGUCAAACACUAAGAUAUUUUUGUAGUUAUUUAGAUGAAGAAUGUGAAGAAAUUAAUAAAAUGAAGGAAGCUGGUGGUGUAUUAUGUUUUAAUGAAGUGUUGCCAAUUAUGCAGUUUAUUGUUAGUAAAAUUGAUGAGACCCAAAAUGGUAAUCGACGAAGUCAAGCUGUAGUAUUUUACUUGGAAUGUUUACAUACAUUAGUUGCUAGUUUACCACAAAAAGUUCAUGAUAACCGACAUUUUACAAUGUUUUUAUGGCAAAGAUUAUGUCCAGCUCUAAUUGCAUUUUUAGGAUCACCUAGGGUUGAUAAAAAAAUAAUAACUAGAGAUCAUGAUAAUAGUAAAAAAAUAGGUAGAGGAUCUGGAGUUUUAGGAAGUGCACCUAGUUUUAAUAGCAAUCAGUCUAAAAUAAUUUACAGUAUUGGCAGCCAGUUAGUAAGAGUUGUUGGUUGUGUUAGUUCUCUCAGGCCAGUUUUGGAAUCAGUUUUUCAUAGGAUGUUAUUAUAUCCUCCUCCAAUUUAUAGAAGGGAUGCAUUAAAAGCAUUAAAAGAGUUAUUAAGCUGCCCAAGUAGAUUAGUCAAUUUUACUGGACCCAUUUUGGUUGAAGAUGACAAAUUAUGUCAACAAAGUGAUAUGGCAUUAAUUCGUUUAGCAAUGGAUUCGUUAGAAGAAUGUGCCAAAUGCACAGAUUGGGAAAUAGUAUCAACAAGUGUAUUUUGUAUUGCCUCAUUAUUAUCCACACUUAUUGAUCUAUCUUGUGGGAAAGGCAUAAAUAAUAUUUACUCUGAUAAAAUAAAUAAAAAAUUUGACACUUUGUCUAAUUGUGAUUAUACGGGACCUCUAACAUAUGAAUCAAUGAAGAGAUUACCAAGUUCUUACAGGGAACAAUUAUCGUCUGAAUCAUCUUCUGAGAACCAAAGUUGUAUAAACAGUUCUAGUUGUAGUAGUAGUAGUAGUGGCAGCACUGAAGGUCCAGAAGAGGGUUAUCAAAAUGAUCCUCAAAUUGAUGAAAUACAAAUAGAAGCUGAAAUGAAAUUUAAAGAAGAAGCAUUACAUAUGGAACAAGUUUCAAAAAAAUUGAGUAUGUUAAAUGUUAUUCAAGUUAAUCCAGAAUUUAUCGAAGCAAGAGAUAAAGAACGAAGUAAUGCCAGUAAUUUUGUGAAAACUUUAAUUGAUUUUUUACCUACACUAAUACCACUUAGAAGUACAUUACAAAUAGAUGAAGAAAUUCAAAAAUUUGCAUCAAAUUACUGUAAAACAAUCUUUUUUCAUAAUUACAAACAAGAAGGAUCAAUCAUAAUUAAUGCUGAUGGUGUCUAUGUAGCAACUUUUAUGACACUUUAUUUAAAUUUAAAAUUAAUUCAUCAAAAUUUUUAUGAUGAUUCUUCAUUAACUCCUAUAAUGUCUGAAGAACAAUUUAUAGAGGAGAUAUUCAACAGUGGCAUGUUAUUGUAUGUAUCUACUAAUUGGCUGGCUGAGCUUUACCAACAUAUCCUAGUUACUAACCUAUUAAUGUUGUCUGGUUACAAGCCUCAAAUCACUGGUCAUUUGGCUCUAAUAGAUCUAUUGACAGAUAUUGAUGGACACACGUUAGAAAAUAAAGUUAAUUGUCUUCUAUCAGAUUGUCUUAGACUUGAACAAACAGUCAGUAAUACUGAAGUAAAUCAAGAUGUUGAAGCUGGUAUCAAAUUGAGUCGUCGUAUUUUGACAUGUUGUUGGGAAACAAUAAUGAAUGUUUUAGCUGUACCUCUUCAAUGUGAAACUAAAAAUGAAUUGAGAAAUGUUAAAGUUAAAAAACUAUUACAUAAUAAAUUAAAUCAUGGCGUUACUCAUCAGAUGACUGUGCAACAUUGUUUGGAUGCUUUACAAAAAUUAGCUUCUCUUGCCAAUAUUGUUGGUAUGCAUAACCGCUGUGAAGGUAUAUUUUCAAUGCUAGUUAAAGCUUCUUGUACCCAAAAAGGGCAUAAUAACUGGUUAUCUGGAGUUAUAAAAAAACAACCAAAAUUAAUUACUUCACAUGUCCUUAGCUUAGAUAUUAUGUUAUCACGAGGUUUAGAAUUUGGUUGCCAUGGUCAGGAAUGUUGGACUCACAUUUUUAACUGUGCAUUGUAUGUUGAAUAUUUAGAACAAGUAUUUUUUCGACAGACUUCUUCAGUAACAUCAUUAUCAACUAAAUGUAAGUCUAAAAUAUCAACAUCUGAAAAUUUGAAUAAAAGUUUUGUGGAAUUUAAUGAUAGUGAUGAAGAAGUUUGUAUGGAUGUGUACAGUUUUUUGUCUUCUCCUAAUUCUCCAACUAAUAUGACUGAAACAAUACCAACAUUAGUUAAUAAAAGUAGAGCAGAUGUUGACAAUAAUGGAAUAUUAAGCCAAGAGUAUGGUGCCAGAGUUGUGUGUGUGUUAUCUCAAUAUGUGGAUAGACUUUUUGAAGAUGCAGCAUUAAAAUUAAAUCUUAAAGCCUUAACUGAAUUUGUGCGAAAUUUGAGUGAAACAGUUCAUAAUGAACUGUUUAAAAUAAUUGAGCAAAAGAAGUCAAAAGUCCUAAAUCAUAAUACUACAUUGUUAACUCGGUUAUCUCGGUUAAUGUUAAGAUGUGUUAAAAGUGGUCGUCCAUUGUUUCAUAUGAUUAAAAUUUGGUCAGUAGUGUUACCAUGUUUCAUGGAAGUUGCUUGUCAUAAGGAUUUAAUGUUAUCUAAACAAGCAGUACAAUCAAUUCAUGACACAGUUUUAGUUUUUCUCAAUGAUCAACCUGAACUUCCCUAUUUUCACAUUAAUGAAUUACUAUUCAAACCAUUUGAAAAUCUUUUACGUUUAGAUCUAUGUGAUGUUGAAAUUCAAGAUCAAAUUGUUAGCAGCUUAUGUCAAUUUGUUGAAGGAAAUCGUUCUGACAUACAUUCUGGGUGGAGACCAUUAUUUGGUGCUUUAAAAGUUGUAAAUAGUAGUCAUUUAUCUUCUCUUUUAGAAGUAUUUAGGGUUUUUUUAAAUACUGAUGAUACAUUAGCCUUUUCAAAUGCUGCUGUUGAUUGUAUUGCAUGUCUGAUCAAACAUGUGAUAGGAACUAAUUUUGAUAAUUCAGAUAACGAAAAAAAACUUGAAUUAUGUAAAGCUGCUCUUAAACACAUACAUCAUUGUAGUUUAAUUCUGAAUUCAAUGUUUAUAAUGCCUGCUUGUCCAUCAUUUCAUAUUCCUAAUCGUAAACAUGAAUUUGUUUUGGUGGAUACUGAUGUACAAUUAAUUAAUUCUGUUAAAAAUAACUAUGAGAAACUAUUAUUCAAUUUGUCAAAUGAAAAAAUUAUUCAACUAGAAGAAAUUGAUCAAUCUUGUAGUAUAUUAAGGGUUUGGUAUUGUAUUAUAGAAGGACUUUGCACUGCAAUUACUUGUACAACGGGUUUAUAUCAAAGAGAGACCAUUGAAUUACUCUUAGAUAUGUUAAAGAAUUUUCCAGAAGUACCCGGCUUUACAUUUGGCUGUUUUUGUAUUAAUCGAUUACUACUUCCAACAAUACAAACUUGGUUACAAAAAAUUACAUCAACACAAAAUUUAACUGAUUUGCUUAACUUUAAACAUUUUUGUGGAAAUUCUACUGAUUUAAUAGUUACCUACUUGAAAAUGAUUAAAAAAUAUGAUAGAAUAUUAGAAAAAGAAGUUACAUUGAUGAUUAAACAGUUGCUAUUUGUAUUAAAUGAGUUUUGUGUUCAAGUUAUUGAAUGUAUUGUUCGAUUAGGUUGUGCAUGUUUAAGACAUCUUAUUUUGGGUGCUGCAAAUUAUUUUACAGAGUAUCUAUGGGAUUUGAUAAGCAUGGGAAUACAAAGAGCAUGUGCUCUAUCAUUGUACCCCCUUACAAGAGUUUCUAUGACAUAUAGGCCAUUUUCUGACAGUUUUUAUGGUGAUUUAGCAACUAGUAUUAAAGUUGCUGCUAGAAGAGAUAGUACUAUUGAUGAUAAUAUACGUUUAAAGCAAUUAUCACAGCAAGUAUUUUUAUUGGAUUAUCAAAAAACAAAAACAGAUUCAGUUGUUGACGAUGAAAAAAGUUUCAUAUUUUUACUUUGCCAUCAUUGGUGUGAUACUGAACUAGAUUUUCAGUGGCAAAAUACACCUGAACGUAUCCCUUAUAAAAGUAUAGUUUUAGGAUUGUUUGUAAACGAAAUGUUGUUACAAUUAAUAGGAAUUUUGUUGAUUAAAGGCACAAAUAAAGCAAUCCCUAGUUUAGCCAACAUUCUUUUACAAUCAUUUUUAAUGACACCAAUGGAGGAUAAUGUGACAGAUUCAUCAAAUAAUCCUAUUAUGCCUGGUUAUUUAUCUGUGUUAACUGAGUCUCAAAUUCGUUCUUUUAUUUCAUGUUUAGAUAUGACUUAUAAAGUAGCAUGGGAAUUUGACUCAAGACCUGGUCUUAAAUUUCUUAUUCAAAAAGUUGCUGGUUUAGAAAAAGCUGCUAACUUAUAUAAACAAGCUGGAGGAUCCUGGAUCAUUUUAAUAGUAACUCUUUUUGAAUUAUGCAUCCAUAAAACAUCAAACUUAAAAUCAGAUCAAGUCAAACAUAUAAUAGAAUUAAAAUUGUCUACAAAUAAUACUGAUUAUUUUAUUCUUGAAUUAAAACGCAUAUUUGAAGAUGCUUGUGAAAAAUAUGUUGAAAUAGUUAUGGAUAAAUAUGGUACACAUUGCGCCAUUGAUAAAGCUGCAGAUAAACCUGUGUUUUUCUUUGUUGCUCAAAAUGAUGAAAUUUUUGAAACAAGUGAAAAAACAAAGGUUUUUAAAUUUGAAGAUUUUAAAAAAUUAUAUCCUAAUGCACCAUUAACAACUAAAACAGAAGAGAGUGAGAGUGAUGAAGAUGAUGCUGUAUAUGGAAUAACUAGUUGUGAAAAUUUGGAUAAUUUAAUUGAAGAAUACAAAAAAAGAAAAAGUGCCAACUCUAUGCCUGGUCGUCCUGACUCAAUAGAAAAAAAUGAAGAUAAUUUACCUCCUGAAGUUGAAGAGCUAAGACAAAUUAGUAUGAAUAAAGAUAGUGAAGUACAUGAAUCAAUUUGGUCAGAAAUGUUGAUAUCUGUUUUUGAUUUACUAGUGCAAUUAGAUGACAAUUCAUUUCAAAUAUUUUUGCCUGUAAUAUUUAAUGGUGUUAGAGUGUUAACAGCAUCAGCUACUAGACCUACUUUGAAACGCACUUUGUCUGAAUUUUAUCAUAGAAUAGCUAUAAUUUACGGAUUCUGUCAAUAGUUGUGCCAAUAAAUUUAAAAUCUCAUUUAAAUUUUAUUUAAAUGUACUACAAAAUUGUUAGGAUUAAAUUUAUAUAAAACAAUUUUUUAAUUAUCUUUUAAAUUAUUACAAGAUAUAUCUGAGAAUUGAAUUCAUAAAUAUCAUCUUCUUUAUCGUUGUUAUUGCCUCAUAUUUAAAAUUAAAUAUCAAAUUGUCUUAACUACUAAUUUUUAGAUCAUAGUAAUUUAAAUUUAAAUAUAAUUUAACUAAAUAUAUAUACUAGGUUUAUUUUUAAGGAUCAUUUUUAUUUAUUA